UUUCUACGUUACCAAGCAACGCUAAAGGAGUUGUUGAUUCAAGAUGGCGAAAACGCAGUGGUGUUCACAAUAAAAGGCAGUUUCUGUGUCCGUUUUUAAAAGAAUGUCGGGGAAGAUGAAGAUUUGUUAGAGUUAUAUUUGUUAUUUUAACGCGACAAAACGCUGUCGCCAAGAUGGAGGAUGAAGACACCGUACUGUCUUUGAUCAAGUACUACUGCUAUGAAAAGUACUUUAACCACGCCGUGGACGCUGCCUACUCUGCUCAAAGGAAGUAUAGCAACGACCCCGUCUACGUUUUUUUCCAUGCAUACGGAACUCUUAUGCUGGGUCAGAUUCAAGAAGCUAUAGCUGAGCUGGACACAAUUAGAGAUGACCGAAACCUGUCUCUCUGUGCGUUAAUGGGCAUUUCUUAUGCUGAGAAAAGAAAAGCAAACCCAGAUAAAGAUGUUAUUCAAGAACUUGAAGCAAAAGUCAAAGAGGAUCGUAAAAGUGCACCUCCCAAGAGUCUGUACCAUGCAGGGACCUUCCUUUGGCUAUUAGGGCGAAAUGAUAAAGCAAGAGAGUACACAGAGAGAAUGAUCAAACUUUCUAAUGGCUCUACAGAAGGCACAAUUCUGAAAGGCUGGAUUGAUGUUACUUCGGGGAAGGAUGCGUACGCUAGGAAGGCUGGGAAGUACUUUGAUGAGGCCCUUAAAGAGAAAACCGAUGUUUUUGCUCUAAUGGGAAAGGCACAUUACAAUGAAUAUCGCCAGAACUACUCCGUAGCCUUGGAAAUUGUUAACCAAGCUAUUGUAAGUUUCUCUGAGUUUCCACCGGCUCUCAUCAAGAAAAUGAAACUACUGCUGAGCCUGCAGGACUGGGACCAAACAAUAGAUGCAGCACACAGGCUUUUACAGAAAGAUAAAAAUAACCUGGAGGCUCAGCAGAUGCUCGCUCUCCACUCUUUAUGCAGAGAUGGUGACGUCGCUGAGGCAGGGAAGCAGAUCACAAAACUGAUCAGCAGCUUAGAGUUUCUGGAGCCACACAACACCUACCUUUUCUACAGAAUGUCUCUUGCCUUCACACGUGUUUGUGGACGCAGUGAGAAAGUGAUCGAGCAAACAUUCAAGAUGGUGGAACGGGCGUUUUCUAUGUCCUCGGGGGACCCAGACUUUGCCACAGAGUUGGGCUACCAGAUGGUGCUUCAGGGUAAAAUGAAGGAUGCUCUGAAGUGGUACAAGAUUGCUGUCACCAACAAGGAGAAGACUAAUGUGUCAGCUUUUAUCGGUAUAGCCCGUUGCCAAUUACACGAGGGACAGCUUGAAGAUGCAGAACAACAGUUGGAGUUUCUUGCAGAAAUUCAACAGUCUAUUGGAAAAUCGGGGGAAUUGUUGUACCUCCAGGCAGUGCUGGCAGGAAAAAAGCAGCGACCUCCAACAGAAGUGACCAACCUGCUGAACGACGCGGUGGAUACACACUUCUCCUCUCUGCAGGGUCUGCCUCUGGGAGUGGAGUAUCUAGAGAAGAUGAAUCCGGACUUCCUGUUGGAGAUUGUGAAGGAGUAUCUGGCUCUUUGUCCUGCUAAGCCUCCUCCUCCUGGCCAGCCUCCUGCUCCUCAGCUGCAGCACUGUGCCACACUGUUGGAUACUGUGGUUAAAAUUGUUCCAGGCCUCCUUCAGGCAGUCUUCCUGCUAGCCAAAGUUAGAUUUCAGUCUGGUGACAUAAAUGCCGCUCAGAGCAGUCUGACCCACUGCCUGGAACAGUGUCCUUCACACGCAGAGGCUCACCUGUUAAUGGCUCAGAUCCAUUUGCUGCAGGGUAAUGUGACGCUGUGCACUCAGUCGCUGGAAGUCUGCCUCAGCCACAAUUUUGAGAUUCAAGAUCACCCAUUGUACCACCUGAUUAAAGCUCAAGCUAAGAAGAAAACAGGCGAACUUGUGGAGGCCAUUCAGACGUUGCACAUGGCCAUGAAUCGCCCGGGUGUCCGUAGAGCAGGAUCCUCAUCCAAAUCCAAGCACAAGAAAACAGAACUGAGCUCAGCAGACUGUGUCUCUGUGUUCUUGGAGUUAGCCGAGGCCCUGUGGCUCAACGGCGAACAGCACGAAGCAGCAAAGGUGAUGCAGGAUGCCAUCAACGAGUUCUCUGGUACACCUGAGGAGCUACGUGUCACUAUUGCUAACGCAGACCUAGCCCUGCUGCGUGGGGACGCGGAGCUGGCGCUGAGUAUGCUCAGAAACAUUACCCCUGAACAGCCUUAUUAUGUCCAAGCCAAAGAGAAAAUGGCAGACAUCUAUCUGAAACACAGGAGAGAGAAAUGGCUGUAUGCCAGCUGUUACAGAGAAAUGGUGGAGAAGCUGCCCAGCCCUCACACAUAUCUCCUACUUGGUGAUGCCUACAUGAACAUUCAGGAGCCAGAGAAAGCCAUCGAGGUUUACGAGCAGGCCCUGAAGAAAAACCCCAAAGAUGGUACUUUAGCCAGCAAAAUGGGAAAAGCUCUGGUCAAGACGCACCACUACAACAAGGCAAUUAAUUAUUAUGAAGCAGCUCUGAAGACUGAGCAACAGAAAUUCCUGCGCUACGACCUGGCUGAGCUUCUGAUGAAGAUGAAGCAGUACGACCGCUGUGAGAGAGUCUUGCAUGAUGCUCUGGCUCACGAACCAGUAAACCAGCUGCCUUCGCUCUCAGAUGAUUGCCGUUAUCUGGUCCUGUUGGCAAAAAUCCAAAAUAAAGUUGAAAAAAACGAAGAAGCUUUGCUUUCACUACAAAAAGCCCGGGAUGUGCAAGCCAAGGUGCUGAAGCGUGUGCAUGUGGAGCAGCCCGAUGCUGUCCCCGCGCAGAAGCAACUUGCUGCUGAGAUCUGUGCCGAGAUCGCCAAGCACUACACAAGUCAGAGGGGCUAUGAGAGAGCGGUCAAAUUCUACAAAGAAGCUCUUGUGUAUUGUGAGACAGACCACAAGGUGAUGCUGGAGUUGGCGCGGCUGUAUCUUACUCUGGACAACAUUGAUAAAUGCCAGGAGCAAUGCUGGGAAAUUUUGAAGAAUGAUAAGUUUAAUGAAGAAGCAACCCUGAUGAUGGCAGACAUUAAUUUUCAGAAGCAAGAGUAUGUCAAAGCAUUAACUCAUUUUGAACAACUCCUGGGGCGCAAACCAGACAACUACCCAACUUUGGCACGUCUUAUAGACUUGUUAAGGAGGGCUGGGGAAUUAGAAAAAGUCCCCAAGUUUCUUGAAAUGGCUGAGAAGCAUUCUUCCAGGACUAGAUUGGAGCCUGGCUUUAACUACUGCAAAGGCCUUUAUCUUUGGUACACAGGAAACCCCAUCGAUGCUCUUCGACACUUUAACAAGGCUCGGAAAGACAACGACUGGGGUCAGAACGCUGUCUAUAACAUGAUUGAAAUCUACUUAAAUCCUGACAAUGACACCAUCGGUGGAGAAGUGUUUGAGAAUUUAGACGGUGAAAUCGGCAACUCCACAGAGAAGCAGGAGUCCGAGCAGCUUGCUGUGAGAACAGCCGAGAAGCUGCUCAAGGAGAUAAAGCCUCAGACGCCGGGCGGAUACAUACAGCUUCGCAUCCUAGAGAACUACUGCUUGCUUGCAACUAAACAGAAAAACAAUAUAGAGGCUGCCCUCAGUGUUUUCACAGAGAUCGCAAGCAAUGAUAAAGACCACGUACCCGCGCUGUUGGCCUUGGCAACAGCUCACAUGGUAAAAAAGCAAACUCCUCAAGCAAGGAACCAGCUGAAACGCAUAGCUAAGAUGAACUGGAACAUCGCAGAUGCCGACGAGUUCGAGAAGAGCUGGCUUCUCCUGGCAGAUAUUUACAUCCAGUCGGGGAAGUACGACAUGGCUGGGGAACUCUUAAAGAGAUGCCACAAUCACAACAAGUCGUGCUGCAAGGCUUAUGAAUAUCAGGGCUACAUAAUGGAAAAAGAGCAGGCGUUUAGCGAUGCCGCUGUCAGCUAUGAACUGGCUUGGAAAUAUGGAAAUCAGAAUAACCCAACCAUCGGAUACAAGCUGGCGUUUAACUACCUAAAAGCAAAGAGGCACGUUGACGCCAUAGAUGUGUGUCAUAAGGUUCUGGCUACAUAUCCAAAUUAUCCCAAAAUGCGAAAGGAGAUCCUGGACAAAGCUCGCUCUGCCUUGAGACCUUAACGUUGGACGUGGGUAUUUGUGUGUGAGAGCAAAGAUUUUAUUGUUUGAAUAUUUGUUCUGUCAAGUUGAAAAUGUACAGUCAUGCUUUGGGACAAAGCUCAAACACAUUACUGCGUAGGUUUUUUUUCUUGUCUUCUGAGCGUAUGAAGACUAGGCUGCUGGCAGUCCAAAGAGAAAAUCCAGACCUGAGACAUGCGGACAAAUCUGAGAGCCCAUAGACAUAAAACAGCUAAGUAAAUGUUUUUAGAGGAAAUUAAGGAGGGACAUGUGGGGAAAAUCUUAAGCUUUUUUUUUUUAUCAUUGUGUUUGUUUACCUUUUUACUUCCUACAUGAGGUAUUCGUGUGAUCUCUGUUAACUAUUCAUUUGUAUUUUAAUAAAUGUUCAAGUUAAA